GUCACGCCAUGAGCGUGGUAAAUGUUAUGGACACCAUGUUAGAGGAGACGAAGGCUGCAUUAACAGCUGCAGUGCAGAGGUGGAUGAAGGCACGCAUUGGGCAUGGCUUAGGUGAAGUGACAUCGGAAGAGGUGGCUGGUGCUCAACUUAGCAAAGCCCAGUUGGAGGUUGUCGCUGCCGAUGUCAAGGUCGAAGUGGUCAAGGCUAAGGUCGGAGUGGCCGAGGCCAAGGUGAGUGUGGCCGAGGCCAUGCUGGAGGCCGGCGAGGCCGAUUUGGUUGACGUGGCCGAGGCCAAGGCCGAAGUGGCCGAGGCCAAGGCGAGUGUGGCCGAGGCCAAGGUCGGAGUUGCCGAGGCUAAGGUCGGAGUGGCCGAGGCCAAGGUGAGUGUGGCCGAGGCCAUGCUGGAGGCCGGCGAGGCCGAUUUGGUUGACGUGGCCGAGGCCAAGGCCGAAGUGGCCGAGGCCAAGGCGAGUGUGGCCGAGGCCAAGGUCGGAGUUGCCGAGGCUACGGUCGGAGUGGCCGAGGCCAAGGUGAGUGUGGCCGAGGCCAAGUUGGAGGCCGGCGAGGUUGAUCCUGCUGACGUGGCCGAGGCUAAGGCCGGAGUGGCCGAGGCCAAGGCGAGUGUGGCCGAGGCCAAGGUCGGAGUGGCCGAAGCCACGGUGGGAGUGGCCGAGGCCAAGGUGAAUAUGGCCAAGGCCAAGCUGGAGACCGGCGAGGCUGAUCCUGCUGACGUGGCCGAGGCCAAGGCGAGUGUGGCCGAGGCCAAGGUCGGAGUGGCCGGAGCCACGGUGAGUGUGGCCGAGGCCAAGGUGAGUGUGGCCAAGGCCAAGCUGGAGACCGGCGAGGCUGAUCCUGUUGACGUGGCCGAGGCCAAGGUCGGAGUGGCCGAGGCCAAGAUUGCUCACGGAAAGAGUCGCGGCGAUUCCGAGGAAGACAUUGCGUCGCUCUCUGCCUACGCCGACUUUCUGCGUAGCAACAUGCGCAAACUCGCCAGUCUGCACACGGGGAAUGCCAAUGGUGCACCUGCCAGCUCUUCUCGCGAUCACAUUGGGAUUGUCCAACCCAAGGGCCCUGCCUCGCGAUCAAUGUUUGGUGGUUUCGCCGAGACGGAAUCACCUGUCUCGGAUCCUGCUGCCCUUCUUCCUCUGGUUGUGUCGGGCCAUCUUGAGUUGGUGGUUUGGCCUGGGAACAGCUCUUCCAGCGAUGAUGGCAGUCUUGCGUUGCAGGACUUGGACUUGGCCCCUGCCCUCGAUGCCAAGCUUGCACCUCCACUUUUCCGCAAAGCUUUUACCAUGCGGGCCGAGAUGGAGACUGUGCGGCAUUCCGUGGCACACGACCUUUGGACGCUUGUCUUUUCCUCGAGCUCUCGUCCCCUUGUUGGCCUAGACACCGACGCUAUGCGGACCUUCCAUCUGGAAAAGGCUUUUGUUGCGGAGCUCUAUGCCUCGCUCUCGGCCCAUGUUCCUACUGCCAACGCAGAGUUGCCUCUGCCGCUUGAUGCCAUCCGAUCGCGGUGCGAGCGCGCUGCAGCCUUUUGCCACGACCACGCCGCUGCUCUUGAUGCGGCGGUGGGUAGUGCAGCUGCCAUCGCCGAGCACAAGGCACGGCUCGCAGAUGCAGAGCUGGAGGCGAGUGUUGCCGCCGCCCAGGCUGGUACCGCAUACAGCGAGCGGCUGAAGAACAGGCUCCUCUCCCAGGCUCACGAGUGGCAAGCCCAAGCCGAGCUGCUCUCGUCGCGCGCGGUCAAGCCCGAUUCAAAUUUGUCAGCACGUGUGCGCGAGGUCAGGAGCACACGGAGUGCCUCGAACGACCCGAGUACUUCUGGUGCCCGGUCAGCUGACGACGCUGCAGGUGUUGCAGAGAGACUCACAAAGCGCAUGUGGCACGAGCGUCCGAUUCUGCCGAACGCUGUCGCUGACGUGCUGUUUGGCGUCCGGUCCACCGAGAUGAGCCUUGGCUUCGGCGUGUACGAACCAGGCGUGUCUCACAAGAACGGCCAGGUAGAGGCGUACGCGCACGCUUUGGCUCUGGCUCUGGCUGGCCUCCCGCUCGGCCCAUCGGUACUUUCGCUCUCUGGCCAGUUUCCCACCGCAGCCAACAUGGCCAGAGGAUCGCCGACCCACCCUUCUCUCCAGCUCGCGGCACACCUUGUCCGAAGCGAUCACAUCCUGACGGUGGAUGUGGCGAGCAUGACCUGCACCAGCCUCGACGAGUACGUGACGGUCGUGGUCGGCUUUGCCGUGGCCAUGUCCGAAGUCACCGCCAUCAUGGUCCGCCGGCUGCAUGAGCCGCUGCGUGCACCGCGCAGUUUCGGCCCCAACGUGGCGGUGGUCGACGGCUAUGCCUUCAAGUGGUUCUUGGGAUCAACGUCGCGCAUGCCCAACGCGCACGCAUGGAGGGUCGCGUCACCUGAGCUGUGUGCCUGUGCUCUGGUCGUCAAGACUCCGUUUGACGUCCGCCGCUGCGAGCGCACCAUCAACGCGUUGCUUGGUACGACUGCCGUCCUCGUCACCCAUUUCAAGACCGACAUUGAGGACGAGUCGUCGGACGAGCAUCCGGACGCUUCCAUGGUCACCUUGUCUCACUUUCAAGACGUCGCACGCCGUCUCGCCGCACUCCAUGGCAUCGGCAUGGUUCACGGGGACAUUCGCCGCAACAACAUGGUGUUUGACAACGACGGCAACGGCUUUCUCAUCGACUUUGACCUUGCGCGGCCGAUCCGCGAGCUCUACCCGGCAUCACUCCGCCACGUGGCCGACGGUAAGCGCGCGCCCGGGCUUGUCGACCCAGGCCAUGGGCGGCGCUUACCCAUGGAGACUGUCCACGAUGUGUUUUCGCUCGGAGCCGUCAUGGACUUGUACCAGGCCGCCGACGCCACCCACCAGACGACUUGGAGUCGUCUGGUGGACGCCAUGAUGGCCAGUGACUCGGCCGGCAAGCUCUCCGGGAGCCUCCCCACUGCAUGGCCGGAGUCAUUUGCCCUGCAACGGCGCGGUGUUGUGCCUAGCGGGGCAACUACACGCGGCACCGGAUCACCACCAACACCCUCUGAUGCCGGAGCAUGAAGCUGACCAUGCUCGUCGUACCGUAGCAAAGUUCAUAAUAGCCUUGCUCUCCCCCCC